AUGAAGGAGUUUCUUUGUAGUGACAAGACAUGCAGAAGAGAAUUGCUCAUGAAAGCAUUUGGAUACCAGCAUGUUGCAUCAAAUAGACGCAGUUGUUGUGACAAUUGUGCAAUCGCAUGUGAAUGUGGUGAAGAUGAUUGUAAGUCAAACAUUGGACUAAAUAUUCCAGACUCAAAGACUAUGACUUCAAAUGAAAACACUGGAAAAACAAGACCUGUCAGUCAUGAGCAGAAGAAUCUUUUAAAAGCCAAAUUGAAAGAUUUUAGAAAUCAUCUAAUAAAAGAACAAACGCAACAAUUGAGUAACACAGUGUCAUUACCAACUGUUGUACUUGAAUUUGGGAAUACACAAAUUGUUAGUGUUAUUGAAAACAGUAACAAAAUAUUUACUUUUUGUGAUGUUAAGAAGUAUGUUGAAGUGUGGCAUGAACAACAUGCAGUGGAGUAUUAA